AUAGACUGUAAUUAAGUUUUAAUAUGUAAAAGGACGUAAAAAUUAGAAAAAAAAAAUCAUAGCAAAAAUAAGACGAAUGAAUGAAACAGACUCGUGUGCCACUUCCUUUUUCCUUACACUGCCAUUUACACGCAAAAAUGAGUUAGAUUUGAAUAGUUGAUACUCUCAUUGCUCCCGUAUCCUCUUCCACAAUUUCCUAUAAAUUUGUCCAUGAUAUUCUUGUUUCUUUCCUCAGCUUCUUUGAUUGAAUCUCGUACACUAAAAAUCACGAACACAAGUUUUUUUUUUUAAUUUAAUUAAUUUCACAAAAAAAUGGCAUUUCUUUUCAAACCCACAAUUUCUUUCCCUCUUAAUUUCUCUUUCGACCCACCAAAGUCAAAUCCCAGAACUUCAAUUACCAUGAAAGAUAGUAUUAAUUGUUCCAAUUUUAGCACCAUUGUUGAUUCUUCUUCUGCAAGUGAGAAGAAAAAGUUGCCCAUUUUGCUGUUUGAUGUUAUGGAUACACUUGUUCGUGAUCCCUUUUACCAUGAUGUUCCAGCUUUUUUUGGUAUGUCCAUGAAGGAAUUGAUGGAGUGCAAGCAUCCAACUGCCUGGAGUGAGUUUGAAAUGGGAUUGAUUAAUGAGGAUGAAUUAGCUAAAAAGUUUUUCAAAGAUGGAAGGCACCUUGAUGUGGAAGGCCUCAAAGCAUGCAUGAAAAGAGGAUAUUCCUACUUAGAUGGUGUUGAAGAUCUUCUUCAAGUUUUAAAGAGAAACAACUAUGAAAUGCACGCUUUUACAAAUUAUCCAAUCUGGUAUCAACUAAUCGAGGAUAAGUUAAAGCUAUCAACUUAUUUAUCUUGGACAUUCUGCUCCUGUACAAUAGGUAAAUUAAAGCCAGACCCUAGUUUUUAUAGUGAAGCCUUCAGAUACCUUGACGUUGAGCCAGGAAGCUGUAUAUUUGUUGAUGAUCGGAUAAAAAAUGUGGAGGGAGCAGUGAGUGUUGGGAUGGUUGGCCUGCAGUUUAAAGGGGCAGAUGUGUUACGUAAAGAUCUGUCUCUCCUUGGCUUAAAUGUUUCUGCAGAUGAACUCAGUCACAAUUGGAUGAGCUCAUGAAAGACAUUACAUUUUGGGUUUAGUUUUUGAUAUUCUUUCAAUUGCAGAACUCCUUAGUCACUAAUUUUGUUACUCUGCAUUGAAUUCCUGGUGUUCUCUAUUUUUUUUCCAUUUGGGUGUGCGGGGACUCAUGUAACAUCAUGUAUAUAUAAAAUUAUCUUCUCUUUUGUGUUA